AUGAACCAGCAAUUUCCAAAAGUUGCGCACCUAGAAGAUGGAUCGAUCGAAUACGAAGGUCCGUCAUACGAGUGCAACUCAACCCUCGGCAGCAGUCCUACGAUUUGUCUUUUAAAUCAUACCGCGGAACGAUCCACUUGUUUGCAGUAUAACUUCCUCGAAGUUGUUCGUCUUCUCCAUUCCGGUGAGCUUACGUGUCUGACUGAUAUCAGUGGCAACACUGAUGUUGCUGUCCUUGAUGCUGCUGCUGCUGCUGCUGCUGAUGAUGAUGAUGUUGAUGAUGAUUGUAUAACUUCGUAUCUUGACGACUUCCUUUUUGCGCCAUUCUCGUGCCUAACAGUACAUUUUUCCCUAGAAUCUUACCCUCGGGUUCUCAUGGUAACUCCCUGCCAAUGUAUUGGACCGCGGAAUUUUUCAAAAAGCGUUAAACGUAAAAGCGAUCUGAUUGCCAAAGAUUUACUUGAAAUAUGUCUUGAAACUACCGUCACAGCAGUCAACGCGAGAGACGUCUUUUUGAAGCUAUAUUCCUUAUCGGAGGAUCUAAUUAAUGUUCAAUCCAAAUUUUGUUCUCUGAGGAUACUGGAUACCCAACACUCGGAUCGAAUCGAGGCGAUCAAUCGGUUCCUUGUCCUUCACAAACACCAUAUACAUCAGCCUGUAUUUUCUCAUUUUUUUACUGACUGUGGACCCGGUCUGUGUGCCGAAUCAGACAUCCAGGAAAAUGCAUGUGUCCUUCGAAUACCGGUUAACCUCAUGUUAGAUGUAACUACCGGAUGCUCCAAGGAGUUCAGUGAGUUUAUCAAACGGGACCCGAUUUGCUCUGUUAUGGAAAAUGUCGCACUCUCCCUCCGACUGCUUCAUGAACUGUGCCUGUCGUCGGAAUCCAACUACCGCAGUUACAUAUAUACUUUGCCUACAUGUUAUCAUACUUUCAUGUACAUGAAGCCUGAAGAUCUGUGUCACCUUCGCGGAUCCAAGACCCUUGAACUAGUUGUCAGCAAUUUUCAAUCUGUUUGUCGUCAGUAUGCCUACUUCCUCAGCCAUUUGUGUGGUUCCGGAUUACCGUUUGAGAGAUGUUUUUGUUUUGAAGACUAUAGGUGGGCCGUAUCCACAAUUAUGAGCAGAAAUAACCUCAUACCAAAGGAGAAAGGUGGCGCAGUGGCAAUGUGCUUGGUCCCAAUUUGGGAUCUGAUCAACCACAAACUGGGACAAGUGACAACAGAUUUUGACCCGGAAUCCGGUGAACUGAUUUUCUACGCAAUGGAAUCCACACCCAAAAACACUCAGAUUCUGAUGGACUACGGAAAACGAACGAGCGCGGAAUUCCUCAUGUUCUCUGGUUUUGUGCCUGAAACGAACCCCCAUAACAAUGUUCGUAUCGUAUUAGGGGUUAGCAAGUCGGAUCAACUAUCUUCCAAACGGGAACAACUUCUCAACCUCAUUGCCUUGCAGUCUCCCUUGACCCUACAUAUAACCGGAGAUUCGUCUUCUCUGUCCGAUGCAAUCGCGUUUGACCAAUUAGACGCUCACUUGUCUAUGACAACGUCAGCAUUGCAUGCGUUGCGCACAUCACCACUCUGCCCUGGGAACCCUAUUGAUGACCAAGCAAUCGCCUUCCUGACAAUGCGUUUCGAGCUGUUGGUUUCAGCAUAUGGACCGAUGGUUUCUGAGGAUGAAGUGGGUUAUGGAAAUCUCACGCCAAUCCAACGCUAUUGUGAACGUCUACGGGUGCAAGAAGUUCAAAUCCUACGUUCGUGCAUUGAAUGCCUCCAUCGCCGACACUGCGACGACCUCUGAACUGGUUUCACACCCUUAUCUUAAGCCUACCCCGGCACUAAUCUAAAUUGUUUCUGCUCCUGUGACCGUUUUGCAUGCGUUCAUUAUUUAUUUUAUUCUCUGAGAUUCAAGUGGCUAGUUGCGAUCUAUUGUCUUCUGUCACACAAGCCACUUGCCUGUCGUUGUCGGCAACUUGUUCUGAUAAACGCACCUACCUACCCAGAUACUCAUGUCUUUCCUUAUUUCUAAUAAUGCAAUGACUGUUACUGGCUUUGUGUAAUUUUUCCUACCGCUGUUUGCUUGUGUACACGAGGAGGCAUAUUUUGGCAUCAUCUGGUUAUCUUGGUAGGGUUAACUCUUGGAGAAAUAAUCUUGACACUUAGUUUUUUUCCUGCACACACACGAUACAUUUGACCUCACGUCGGUAGUCCUUAACAGCUGUGAAGUAGCAAAACGAUAUUAACUUGAUUUCAUCUGAAAUAAAC